UCUCCCACAACUGUAUAUAAUUCCUCCAUUUUUCUCUUCAAAUUCCCAUUCUCUAAUAAACUUCACCAUGAGAACCGCUUCCACCUUGCCACAAUUAUUCAUUGCCAUAGCUCUUCUAUCCGGCCUCGUCAAACCUGAUCCUGAGCCACUUCAAGACUACUGCAUCGCUGAUACAAAAGGGUCCAAAGCUUUCUUCAUCAAUGGUGUGCCCUGCAUUGACCCACAGCUAGCACAGGUCUCACACUUCACUACAUCAGCACUGUCCAAACCCGGAAACACAAGUGCCAACCCCUUCGGUUUCAGUAUCACACUCACCAACACCAUGAACUUGCCAGGGUUCAACACAAUGGGCCUGACCAUGGCUCGGGCAGAUAUAGCAGCCAAUGGGCUGGUCCCACUCCACAGCCACCCGAGGGCCUCGGAGGUGGCCACACUCCUAAAGGGUGCGCUCCUAGUGGGGUUCAUCGACACCAGUAAUCGUCUAUUCACACAACUAUUAAGGCCCGGUGACUCCUUUGUGUUCCCAAAAGGGAUGAUCCAUUUUCUCUAUAAUCUUGACUCGUUAGCCCCAGCAGUGGUGUUGGCCGGCCUCAAUAGCCAGAACCCUGGUACACAACUAACUUCUACGGCCGCGUUCGCAACAAACCCACGUUUACCGGAUGAGGUUUUGAAGAAGGCAUUUCAGAUUAGCGGGCAGGAUGUCGCCAGGAUUCGGAGGAACCUUGGAGGGUGAUUGUGCUGUUGAAUUCAAAUAAUUUAUGAUUAUCAUAAUUGUGAUGGUUUCCAGGAAUUGAAUGUAUGAUUGUGAUAGUUUCCAGGAAUUGAAUGGUGCUUGCUGGCUUGAGGGGGCUGGUGGGUGCACCACUAUAAAAUUGACUUGACAACUCUCAUAUUUGUAAUUUGAAUUAUUUGAACCUGAAGAUUGUGUUUUUGAUGGUGUGAAGAUGAAUUCCAUCAAAAUUAUGAU